AGGGGGUUGCAGAAGGAGCCCAGCGGCUGCUGCUCAAUGGCGGAAAAGCCGCCGGUGUUCUGACCGCCUAGUCCCCCUAGCAGUUGCGGGGGAGUUUCCUGCCGGCGCGGCUGGAGUCUCUGUUUCUCAGUGUUCGGUGGCUGGAAGAUGCUCCAGAGAGACGAGGCUGCGGCGGAGGAGGUGGCGGCGGCCGAAUCGGCAGCGGCAGUAGGGUGGAGAGAAGGUGGUGGCGGCGGCGUGAGGGGCCGGGCGGUGUAAACAGCCCCCGAGGCGGCGGAGGUGGUGGCCGAGACCCGAGGGCAAAGCGGCGGCUGAGGCAGGGUCGCGCCUCUGGUGGAAACCUGGGCUGAGUGCAGCGGGGGCUCUGCGGUGGGCGCUAGCGAGACGCCCUAGACCUCGCCUCCCUCGCCCCAGAUUUCAUUACUAAACAUGGGUGCAUUUUUGGAUAAACCCAAAACUGAAAAACAUAAUGCUCAUGGUGCUGGGAAUGGUUUACGUUAUGGCCUGAGCAGCAUGCAGGGAUGGAGAGUGGAGAUGGAAGAUGCACACACAGCUGUCGUAGGUAUUCCUCAUGGCUUGGAAGACUGGUCAUUUUUUGCAGUUUAUGAUGGUCAUGCUGGAUCCCGAGUGGCAAAUUACUGUUCAACACAUUUGUUAGAACACAUCACUACUAACGAAGACUUCAGGGCAGCUGGCAAAUCAGGAUCAGCUCUUGCGCCUUCAGUGGAAAAUGUCAAAAAUGGUAUCAGAACUGGCUUUUUGAAAAUUGAUGAAUAUAUGCGUAACUUUUCAGACCUCAGAAACGGGAUGGACAGGAGUGGUUCAACUGCAGUGGGAGUUAUGAUCUCACCUACACAUAUCUACUUUAUCAACUGUGGCGAUUCCCGUGCUGUUCUGUAUAGGAAUGGACAAGUCUGCUUUUCUACCCAGGAUCACAAACCUUGUAAUCCAAGGGAAAAGGAGCGAAUCCAAAAUGCAGGAGGCAGUGUGAUGAUACAGCGUGUUAACGGUUCAUUAGCAGUGUCUCGUGCUCUGGGGGACUAUGAUUACAAGUGUGUUGAUGGCAAAGGCCCAACAGAACAACUUGUUUCUCCAGAGCCUGAGGUUUAUGAAAUUUUAAGAGCAGAAGAGGAUGAAUUUAUCAUCUUGGCUUGUGAUGGGAUCUGGGAUGUUAUGAGUAAUGAGGAGCUCUGUGAAUUUGUUAAAUCUAGGCUUGAGGUGUCUGAUGACCUGGAAAAUGUGUGCAAUUGGGUAGUGGACACUUGUUUACAUAAGGGAAGUCGAGAUAACAUGAGUAUUGUAUUAGUUUGCUUUUCAAAUGCCCCCAAGGUCUCAGACGAAGCAGUGAGAAAAGAUUCAGAGUUGGAUAAGCACUUGGAAUCACGGGUUGAAGAAAUUAUGGAAAAGUCUGGUGAGGAAGGAAUGCCUGAUCUUGCCCAUGUCAUGCGCAUUUUGUCUGCAGAAAAUAUCCCAAAUUUACCUCCUGGAGGAGGUCUUGCUGGCAAGCGCAAUAUUAUUGAAGCUGUUUAUAGUAGACUGAAUCCACAUAGAGAAAGUGAUGGGGCCUCCGAUGAAGCAGAGGAAAGUGGAUCACAGGGAAAAUUGGUGGAAGCUCUCAGGCAAAUGAGAAUUAAUCAUAGGGGAAACUACCGACAACUUCUGGAGGAGAUGCUGACUAGUUACAGGCUAGCUAAAGUAGAGGGAGAAGAAAACCCUGCUGAACCAGCUGCUGCAGCUACUUCUUCGAACAGUGAUGCUGGAAACCCAGUGACAAUGCAGGAAAGCCAUACUGAAUCAGAAAGUGGUCUUGCUGAAUUAGACAGCUGUAAUGAAGAUGCAGGGGCAAAGAUGAGUGGUGGAAAAAUAUGACUUUUUUGGUAAUAUUUUUGUGAUCUUUGAUUUGGUGAUUUUUUUCUUAGGAAGUAUAAUGUGUGCAUUUAUAUAACCAUUUUGUUAUUUGAAUCUUGGAAAACUAGUUUUAUUAUACUUCAAAUAGCCUUGUUUUUUAAAAAGGCCUUGCAUACAUCUUUAUGAGAUAGUUUAAAAUUGACUUUUAUAGUAUUUUGAAUUUAAUGAAAUUAUAUGUCAUUUCACCUUGUAUGUAGGCUACCGAUUAUUAAAGCCAGUAGUAAAAUUCAUACUCGAAAGGAUUAGAAAUGACUGAUAAGAGAGAUUACUGUAUGUUGUAGAAAAACUUGUUAAUGUAGAAUUAUACUGCUUAUUUUACAUAUUAGUACACUCACAGUUAGCUUUGUAAUAAAUUUGUGUUUUCUUUAAUAAUUUUAGUUCUUCAAAGAAUGGCUGAUACUGGCCUGUAAUUUUUCUUUCAAGGUUGAUUUGUGUGUUGUUUGAUUUGUUUAUAUUUAACAUCUCUGUAGUUUUAUUUUUAGAAGUUGUGAGAUACUGGAUGUGUGGUUAUUUUUUCUUUCUCUGUAUUCUUUAUGAAACAUAAGUUUUGAAAAACCUAUGUAUUAUUCAAACAGCUUUGGUUUGUAUAUUCUGUAUAGCCUAACUACACACAUCAAAAUGUAUGUCAACCAAGUGUUUAGAAUAAAAUUAUAAGUGUUAAAGCCCAAAUAAAGCAUGUGAUGUGGAAUAAUCUAUGCAUGUUGUACUUAUUUUUUUAAAAUUUUUUCAAUAACCAUGUUUGGGAUAUUGGAAAACUAUUGAUUAGAAAUUCAUUUGUAUUUAUAUUAAAUUUAAUACACUUUUGGCUUAGUUUUUUCAUAUCAAAAAGGAAACAUUUUUAAUAUGAAAUAUGUCUUAGUCAAAAUAAAUCAAUUUCUUUUUCCCUUUUGGGGCAUAAAAUAUUCAACUAUAACCACAUGGACACAUGUAGACAUGUGAGAACACAUUAGGAACAUUGUCAGUUUUGUUACAAGUAUGCAUCAGGUAUUAAUAAAUGCAAGAAUUGCAGGCUAUUUUAAAAAUAAAUGUGUUUUGUUUUUGUUAAAAGAGGCUUUAAAUUAUAGAUGGCUUUUAGUCACAUGGGGAAAUUUUUUAAACAGUUACUUUUUGUCUGUAUAACAUUAACUUUUCUUCUUGUUUAUAUUUUAUAUCAUCAUGUCUUUAAAGUAAUUAAAGGUACUAUAAUUUGAAGUUUUGGAAUCUUCAGAUGUUGUAGCUGAUGUUUUGAUCUAUUUUUCCAAUACCAGAAUAUUUUAAGUGUUUUGAGAAAGAGGAAAGCAUUUGGUGGAGAGGGGAGGAAAAAAUCCAACAGUUGUCUAUCUAUACUAGAUAGAUACAUGUGUAUGUACACAUUAUACAAUACACACAUCUCUCUGUAUAAGUACGUUUUCAGACAAAGAAAGGAAGGUAAUUUGUUCAUCUAAUUUUGUUUUCUUUUGAAAUUCAACCCAACCUGGAAGUUGAUA